AUGAGUCUUGAUAAAUAUGGAAUGGUGGAAGUGGAACAUAGUGUAGAUGGACCAUUCUUGAGAUCAACCUGGAUGAAUAAGAUCCAACCAGCUGAACGUAGAUGGGUAAAUGAAGAAUUUCAGUAUCAAUCUAAUAGUGUUAAUGAAAUUGAUGGAAAAUUGCACUUUUGGCAGGAUAACUUGAGAGCUUGGAAUGAAAGUAAGAGAUUUCGGUUUAGAACAACUUCAAGACCAAAUCCAUUCAAACAAGUAUAUCAAACUCAAGUCUCUAAUGGAGCUCAAAUUAAUUCAUUCGAAUAUUUUGACUCGCUCUAUAUUGAUGAAACUUGGCAUCGAGUUUUGAAGGGAAACUCAUCUGUUUAUUACAACUGUACUAAACUGGAAUUGAUAGUUCCAAACAAGUGGAACGAAACGACCAUUGAAGGAACUUUGAGAUUGGGAGAAUUUACAGACACUCCUCUUAAUCAAUUGUUUGUUUAUGUCUUUGAUGCAAAUGGUGUGGUCAAUAGCAAUGGUUUCAAUUUGGCAGUUUCAAACCAACCCACUUCAUCAGGUCUAGUUGUAGUUGGAACUUUAUCUAAUACCAAAAGGGUCAAUUCCAUUGUUUCUCAUGCUAAUCAAUUGGUUUCUUCAUUCGCAUUCCUGAUUAUCAUGUUCUUUUUAAUAGGUGCAAUUCUUAGAAUGUGA